AGCUCUUAAAUUCCAUCAUAAUGUUAAAAUGGUCUUUGAGUCAGUAAAAUCUGCAGAAGCCCAGAUUUAGGGGCAAGAAAGGGACGCAGAGAGAGGGAAGCAAAACUGACUUUGGACAUAAGGGUGAAGAAAACAGCUGAAGUGACAGAAGUUACAUUAUUAGUGGCAUAUGUCUGGAGUCCAGAAAAGCUGAAAACGAGAGGAAACAGUCGCUCCGUCAACCCAGGAGGGGACGAACGGCUAAAAGGAGGCAAGGACAAGGAAAAAACUAUCCCAAAACAGCGCCAGCAGCCUCAAUAAUUGCCUGAAUGCCAGUGGGAUUGCUUUCAUUCAAUCAGAGCAUUCUCUCUCGCUGUACGCUGAAGGUGGAGAUGGGGUUUUGGGAGCUGGGAGGUUGGGCAGAACGGCGCGGCGUGGGCGUGCGGGAGAUCCGGUAGUGCCCUCCCUCCCUCUCCCCCUCUCUGGGUAACGUACGGCUCCGAGGGCGAUCGAGCCCCGGCAGCUGCUGAAUCUCUGGCAUCAGUGUGAGCAGCCGAGAGUGAGAAAAACUGUGUGUGUGUGUGUGAGAACAGAGUGAGGCGGCGAUAAGGAGGUAGAUGGACCACAGAGCCGACUUGUCACAAGUGACUGUUGUAUCUGACGGAGGAACCGGUGCCGCGCUCCCAUCCUCGCGCUCCUCCAACAACAACAACACUGUUCUUCAGCACCUUUGGCAGCAGCAGCGAGUCGCGUGACCCCGCUCCAGGCCAACCGGCUUCACCUGUACAUGGAGACCCCCAGCUGGGCAGGAAACACGUUGUGUAAGUCAGGAAGCAUUGCCGUCUUCGGGAACGUGGUGUACAGCGGACUGCUGAACGAUCACCUCUGGCAUUUGGGAGUGCCCCUCUUUACGAGACUGGGUAACCAAGAGGCCACCAACCCUCCUGAAGCGAUGGCCCAGCCCUACACCCCCGCCCAGUACCCGCCUCCCCCACAGAAUGGCAUCCCUGCAGAGUUUGCGGCGCCGCACCCGCUCCCGACGCAGGACUACACCGGGCAGAGCCGGGUGCCCGAGCACGCCAUGACCCUGUACACGCCCACACAGACGCACAGCGAGCCGGCCGGCACUGACAACAGCACGCCCGCCAUCACCGCCACCACGACCGCACCGGUCAGUGCCCUUCAUCACCUGCAAACACUGUUCUCAACACGCUGUCAGCAAACAGAUGACGUGACGCAAACAGAGGGUUCUCAGCAGCUCCAGCUCCAGCACUCAGACUCUUCAGAGAAGCAGCAGCCAAAAAGGUUACAUGUCUCCAACAUUCCCUUCCGCUUCCGGGACCCAGAUUUGAGGCAAAUGUUCGGGCAAUUUGGAAAGAUUUUAGAUGUGGAGAUUAUCUUUAAUGAGCGAGGAUCCAAGGGCUUUGGGUUUGUAACUUUUGAAACAAGCACAGACGCCGAUCGUGCACGAGAGAAACUAAACGGUACAAUCGUAGAGGGACGCAAAAUCGAGGUGAACAAUGCAACCGCACGAGUGAUGACAAACAAAAAGGUGGCCAACCCUUACACAAACGGCUGGAAGCUGAACCCGGUAGUAGGAGCCGUGUACGGUCCUGAACUGUAUGCUGUAACAGGGUUUCCCUACCCUGCCACAGGCGCUACGGUGGCCUACAGGGGUGCCCACUUGCGGGGACGGGGACGAGCCGUGUACAACACGUUCCGCACAGCCCCGCCUCCGCCUCCCAUCCCUGCUUACGGAGCGGUGGUGUACCAAGAUGGCUUCUACGGCGCAGAGAUCUAUGGCGGCUAUGCAGCAUACAGAUUUGCCCAACCCACCACCACCGCUGCUUACAGUGACAGCUAUGGCAGAGUCUAUGCAACAGCAGACCCCUACCACCACACGAUUGGCCCUGCUGCCACAUACAGUGUGGGGACCAUGGCUAGCCUAUACAGAGGAGGGUACAGUCGCUUCACCCCCUACUAAAAGAAAGAAAAAAAGCGAGAAAAGACAGAGAGACAUUACCCCAAACAAAAAAACAAACUAUCUUUAGAAGGAAAAAAAAAAGUCAAACACGUAACAAGCGAACAGCCGGUCCUUGGUGGAGAGCUAAAUCAAACAAAAAGCUUCCAGGUCCACAUGCUGAGCCCCUCCCCUGACACCCUCUACAACAACCUCUUUGAUGUCAUCAUUGGUCUGCUCUUGUUUUGUAUUCAUUUUGUGCUUCUGGUUUUCUUUUGGAAACUUUUAUGCACAUGUGCAUUAUCUUGAUUGCUGUAUAUGGGUGCUGUGUCACCAUAACCAAUGUGAGCCUACUGCAGCACGCAUGGUGCAUGCUCAGAGGUGUGUGUAUGCAGCCGCUGUCAUCUGACUGAGAAUACACCGGGUUGUUUCUGUCUCACACACAACAAGCAGAAAUCAGGUCAACGCUCCCGAUUCAAUCCACUUCUUAACAGAAAUGAAGCUAACUGAACCGAACCUGGUGAUUCUUAGCUCAAAGACAGCGCUGCUCUGACUGCUUUGGUUUUUUUGUUCCUUUUUUAACCUUAGAGUGUCCUACUGUUGUGCACUUGCAGUGGAGCCUUACAAGCUGUACAAUGUGGUAUGACAGCAUGCAGAGUUAAGGGUCAUGAAGGUCAGAUUUCUGCUUUGGGACUCACAGCGCUCACAUGGUGGCCCUGUCUGCUGCAAAUCGCCGUACAUGCAGCUAUUCUGCAGCAGCGAGUGUUUUAGGGGAGUAACGCUGGCGUGUUGCGUUCAGGGACAGCAUGGAAAACAAAGAAGGAGCAUCAGCGUUGCCCGGCGGCAGCGUGGAUUCCCGUCUCGGCUAAUGCUCGUUGGUUUUUCUAAUACUUCGUGGAAGCGAUCGGUGUUGAAACCAAACCAAAUGAAGCGUGUACUUUGUGUUGUUUUUUCCUUUCGUUUGGUAAACGUCUCCUAAACACUCGUACCAGAAGAGAUGGAGUUCUCCUGAACUUAACGCAGCGAAGCAUGCAGGAGCAGAAUUUCUGUUUUAUUAAAUAAAACCCAUGAAAAAUCAGUAGAGACUGUAGCCUGUAAAUAAGAUUUAUUACACGACUGUUGUAAUGGAUUACUGUAGAGAAAUUAGAUUAGCGGAUCGACACAAGUUGCUUCAAGAACUUUGCUUGCUGCUGUUAUUGCACAUUGAGCUUCUCUGGUUUUUUGAUUUUCAUUAGAGCGAAACCGGCACUUUGAAGACGUCGCCUUUGACUCUGGAGAAUCAAGAUAAGAAUCCUCCGCUGUUUCUCCUCCCCUCGGCGGCUGAAUGAGCCAACUGGUUGGUGGCGUUAGCGUUGCAGUUUGCAGGCAGUUCCUCCCCUUAAACCGCCGUCUGAGAGCAAAUUAGCUGCAUGGGGCUGAGUUUGCAGCAGACUUGGCCACAUAUCCUCACUAUUAACAUCAAGUCGCACACGCACAGUAAAGACACGGCGCAGAGGAGGGGCGAACCCUCCGCCAGUCACUGGGAUGUUUUCUUUAAGCAUUGCACAAAAUGUUUUACCUCAGGAUAAGCUAACUAAAGUUCACAAACUAAGAUCCAGAGCUGCUCACUCCUCAGCAUUCAGGACAAUUGUUUUCUUCCGCAACCAGCACGCUCCACCUCUACGGAGCCCAGAUGUUCUUAUUAUUUUCUGUUAGAGACCCCAGGAGAGAACGAUAAAAUAAGACUGUACUGUUCUGAGCUACAGCUUCUGUAAUAUAUAGAUAGACAUUUACUGUAUAAGACAUUUUACACAGGAAGAUAUAACCCAAAAGCACCCAGGCGUUAGGAGACGUAGCGCUAGUCCACAUCCAGUCAUUGGCUUCUACUUGUGCUACGUGAUUUAAAGGAAAUCUCUGUGUAGCUACUGUUAGCUGGUUUCAGUGCAGCUAUGGGAAAAAUCAAAGCUAUUGCCAAUAAUAUUUACUUUACAUGUACUCACACAAGUGUUUGUGAUCUCAAAAAAAUGUCUGUUGCACUUUGUUUUGUUUUUCUUAUUUCUUUCUGAGAUGUAACAUAUUUAUGAAAUCUCUCAUAUACAGCUAGUCAUGUUUAGUCAAACUGUUAAAAUGACAAAGUAAUGUUGUAUAUCAGAAAAAAAAGAAAAUUAGCUCAUUAUCUCCUGAGUCAAAGAAGAUCUUUAUGUGGAUAUAAAAGAGAGAAAAAAAACAUUGUUCUUCCUUUUCUAUGCUAGUGUGAAUGCCCCCCGCCAUUCAGGGGUUUUAUAAGGAGCAAAACAAACUUUGAGAAUUAUUUUUAGCAAACAGGAGAGUUUCAUGAGUGGGUGUUCAGUUAGUGGCCACCAUUAGCGAGCUAGCCUGGAAUGAAGCCGACCUUUUUUCUGUUUUUCUGAUCUGAAUGUGUGUGCCUACGAUGUGCUAUAUAGAUAUAAAAUAUAUAUGAAUAUGCAUCAGAAUGUUUGACUGUGAAGGAGGAAGGAAACAAACAGGAAGAGAGCGUGACUUCACUGAGUCCCUGGAAUAACAUCACCACGUCUCCAACAAAAUCAUUUUUACAUUUUCAUCAACUGGAGUUCAAAGGUCAACAUUUCUCUCUUCAUUUAGCAACAGUUUUCAGUAUAUAAUGUUAUUACAACUCCUACAUUUUCCUUACCAUCUCCUUCAUAAAUAAGAAAAAUGUAACUGUUUUUCAUAAUUAGCUCUUAGAUAAAAACCUUCUGUUGAUCAUUUUCUAAACUUUGACUGUUUAGAAAAUAUGAAAAGUUGCAAAAUCUUUGUAGUGAUUUUCUUAUCUGACAUUAGCUUUUUUAAGUAGCAUUUUCUCACAUAAAAUAAAAACGAUUUAUAAAGUAAGUGUUGUAUUUCUAGACGUAAAGAAAUGUUUUCUGUAAAUAAAUAUUUGUAGAGUAUUUGGACCUUCUCAGCAGCCUCAAAUAAAAAAGUUUUCUGGUUUCACAAACAUUAAAUGAUCAUUUAAUCAGUUAAAUCAAAUUAAAUUUGGCUUGUUUCUCUCUGCCUGUCCAAACCUUUUGUCACAUGGACCAAAGUUGGGAUUACAGGGCCAAAAAAAAAAUAAACUAAGCAACCAAUAUGUUUAUAAAAUACAUAAAGUAGUCAGAUUUGUUGUUAGAAAUUAUUGUGUAAAAUAUUAAAGAUCCAAAACUUAUAAUGGGUUUUGCAAAUUUAACAAUUUCUAGGCAUCAAUUGCAAAAUAAAAAAGGUCCAAAUUUACUCACUUCUGGUCAAUAAAAUCAGUUUUCAAGUUUAGUAAAUUCAUUAAAAGCAGAUUUGGGUGCAGCUUUAAAAGUGAUGUGGAACUUGCAAGACAAAAUAAAAAGCCUGGUUAUUUAAAGACUAACAACUGGUGAUGUUGCCAAUAUUUUAAUUUGCAAGGAGAUUUUACUUGUGAUCAUUUUGCCCCAAUUAAAAAUAGAAAGUCAACCCUCCUUUAAGAUAAAAGCAUUAAUUAGAAUUAAAGAGAUUUAACUUUAUAAAGCUCCAUCUCUGUCUGAAUCCGGACCAAACAAAACGUUCUGAUUGCAGGAACAUGUCUCUGGUUGAUAUUUCCUCAUAGUUUGGUAACCAGGAAGUCUUCUGUACUGAUAGAUGGACAUGAAGGUUUAAAGCAAACCUUCACAGUGAAAGAGGAAAAAUGUCUGAGCUCAUUCAUCAGUCUGAUUACCGGAGCAGCUGCCAGGUUGAUGUAAAGUCAAAGAGCAUAAUUUACCAUCAAAGCAAACUCUGUGCAUCGUUUUCCAUCAAGCAUCCAGGAGCGAAUUUUGACUUUUAAUAUGAGAAGUACAACAUCAGUAUUAUUUGCAGUCAGUAUUAAAAUCAGAAUGAUGACUCAGGCUGAGUUGAAAUGACUCAGCUUUUCAUUCUGGCUCUGCAUACACAGUAAAUUUUCAUGGAAACUGUUGGAUUUGUUGCUCUGGUAAUUUCCAAAGGAGCUUAAUUAGUUUGGAGAUGUUUUCUUCUGUAAAUAGAUUACGGCUUUAAUAAUAGUUUCUCCCAAUGAUUUGUGGUUCAUACUGCUGAAAUGGACUUUUUAAUCCAUUACGGUCAUCAGAGUGUGGUGAUACACUAAUUCCCUUUUGGUAAUUACACUGAAUGUUAAGGCAUUAGCAUAUGCGAUGCAAUUAAGAGGAAAUGGAGAUGUGUUUGUGAAUGUGAGUUAUCCCCACAAACAUCUCGCUGCGAGGGAAACCUUCUCCUUUUUCCCUGAUGUGAUGUUAUUUCCGGGACGAGUGGGUCGAUGUCAGGAGCCGCUCCUAACAGUCUGCACGGGUUUGUCAACAGUUUACAGAAAAAGUUCAAAUUAGCUGUUUCGAUGUCAGCUUAUCAAGGCUUAAAUGUUAUAGAUAUAAUAUUAAUUAGCAUUCUAUAGUGUAAAGAUCUAAUGCAUUUUAUCAUGCUUACAGUAAGUCAAAUGUGAAUUUAUAGUACAAAGACUCUAACUUUUAGGUUUGUUUGCUUUUGUUGUACUUCAUAACCAGCUUAAUAUGCAACCAGUCCUCUAUUUGAUCCACCUGUUUACACUUAUUAAUAGUAGUACUGAGCUAUGUUUACAUAUGAGAAGAAAAUACUCUUUAUGCAUCGUUUAUAUUUACAAGUAUUCACUAAGCCCUGAUAAGCUGGCAGGUGAGUUUAUUAAUCCACCUAAAAAUAUUUGUACAAAAGAAAACCAAGCAAAAAAGUUGCAGCGCCUGUAAAUACAUUUAAAUGUAUAUACACACAAACUAUAUCAUGAUUCUCUGAGUAACUGUUUUAUAUGUAUUCCUAUAUGAAGUGGGGUUAUAUGUGUAUUUUCAACUUAGCUCAACCUGUUCUUGAACUCUAUGUAAUUUCUAUAAUGAGAAUAUAUUGUCUGAAAGGUGUAAAGUAAAUUUCUUUGAGAUUAAUUUCAUAGGUAAAAGGUUUACUAUAAUGAAACUUUUAGUUAUUCUUGAGAUCUUUCUGUUGUCAGUAUGUGACAUAUAAGUAACCACUGAUUGUUUUCUGAGUGUCAGAAUAAAGCAGUUAUAAGAACAUUA